AUGCUAUCAAAAUCAGAAAAAAAUGUCGACCUCUUGGCAGGCAAUAUGAGCAAUUUGAGUUUCGAUGGGCAUGGGACUCCUGGGGGCACUGGACUAUUUCCUAACCAAAAUAUAACAAAGAGGAGGACAAGGCCUGCGGGUAUCAAUGAUUCACCUUCGCCGGUAAAACCAUCCUUUUUUCCUUACGAAGAUACUUCCAACAUGGACAUAGACGAAGUAUCUCAACCUGAUAUGGAUGUCUCGAACUCUCCCAAGAAGCUUCCACCAAAGUUUUACGAAAGAGCAACUUCAAAUAAAACACAGAGAGUUGUUAGUGUUUGCAAAAUGUACUUUCUAGAACAUUACUGUGAUAUGUUUGACUAUGUAAUUAGUAGAAGACAACGCACGAAGCAAGUUCUAGAAUACCUGCAACAGCAAAGCCAACUUCCGAAUUCUGACCAGAUUAAACUCAACGAAGAGUGGUCCUCUUACUUACAAAGGGAACAUCAGGUUUUGAGAAAAAGAAGGUUGAAACCAAAAAAUAGGGAUUUUGAAAUGAUCACACAAGUAGGUCAAGGUGGUUAUGGGCAAGUUUAUUUAGCCAGAAAGAAAGACACAAAAGAGGUGUGUGCUUUGAAAAUUUUGAACAAAAAACUAUUGUUUAAGCUCAACGAGACAAAACACGUUUUAACUGAAAGAGAUAUCCUAACCACGACAAGGUCUGAAUGGUUAGUAAAACUUCUGUAUGCAUUCCAAGACCUACAAAGUUUAUACCUGGCUAUGGAAUUUGUACCAGGCGGUGAUUUUCGUACAUUAUUAAUAAAUACUAGAUGCUUGAAAAGUGGCCAUGCGAGAUUUUACAUCAGUGAAAUGUUUUGCGCUGUUAAUGCGUUACAUGAUUUAGGCUAUACACAUAGAGAUUUAAAGCCGGAAAACUUCUUAAUCGAUGCCAAGGGACAUAUAAAAUUAACAGAUUUUGGUUUGGCUGCUGGUACGAUUUCUAAUGAAAGAAUUGAAAGUAUGAAGAUAAGGUUAGAAAAAAUCAAGGACCUGGAAUUUCCAGCGUUUACAGAGAAAUCUAUAGAAGAUAGAAGAAAAAUGUACAACCAGUUGAGGGAGAAGGAAAUUAAUUAUGCGAACUCCAUGGUUGGGUCUCCGGAUUAUAUGGCUUUGGAGGUUUUAGAAGGAAAGAAAUAUGACUUUACUGUGGAUUACUGGUCGUUGGGUUGUAUGCUGUUCGAAAGUUUAGUUGGUUAUACACCAUUUAGUGGAUCAUCGACUAAUGAGACCUAUGACAACUUAAGGCGCUGGAAACAAACUUUAAGAAGACCGAGACAAUCUGAUGGGAGGGCAGCAUUCUCCGAUAGAACUUGGGAUUUAAUAACAAGAUUGAUUGCCGAUCCAAUCAAUCGAUUAAGAUCCUUCGAACAUGUUAAACGCAUGUCUUAUUUUGCAGAUAUAAACUUUAGUACUUUGAGGUCAAUGAUCCCGCCUUUUACACCCCAACUAGACAGCGAAACUGAUGCCGGUUAUUUUGAUGACUUCACCAGUGAGGCUGACAUGGCCAAAUAUGCUGAUGUUUUCAAAAGACAAGACAAAUUAACGGCUAUGGUAGAUGACUCGGCAGUAUCAUCAAAACUUGUUGGGUUCACUUUCCGACAUAGAAAUGGUAAACAGGGUUCCAGUGGCAUCUUAUUCAACGGACUGGAACACUCAGACCCCUUUUCAACCUUUUACUAG